GUCUCUCUGUACUUCCUGUAAAGAGUUUCUGUGAGCUUCACAAAUGGCAUUAGCAUCUAAAAACCCGAAGACCGGUGACGUCAUACCCAAACAGGAGUUAAGGGAAAAAAGCAGAGAAAAGCUAAGUGGGCAAGGAAGUCCAGUUCUCCUCCCCUCCUCGUUCUCAGCUCUUCUCGUAAAAAAUACCAAGCUUUAGGCUGACAGCUCAAAGCACUAACUUACGAAGGCCACGAGACAUGAAAAAUAAUUUAUGAUUGUUUUAAUUCAUUGUAACACGUCCACCUAGAACCUGCUGGCAACCUGAUUUUGUGCGCCGCUCCUGCAGUUUUCCCAACUUUGAGCGGCGGUGUUAUGUUCAGAGCAUCAGCUCGGCGGUUGCACUCUUCUUCAGACUUGAGCAGCGUUUUUAACUUCAGGAGUUACAUUUCAAAACUCCUGUCUGGGCUGAAGGCUGGGAUUGUGCUUUUCUAAGAAAAAAAAAAGAGAGAGAAACAGCGACAUCAAAAACAGAUCCAACGACAGAGAAGUGAACGAGAAAGACAUUUCCGGGGAAAUUAAGGAUUAAUUUUCAGGCAAUAAUAUUUCGCAUAAACAACUGUCAUUCUAACAACGACGUCGGAUUUAAAAACAAAAAAGACGGCUCAAGAGACGAAUCGCGAUGAGCAAACCGGCCGGAUCAACAAGUCGUAUUCUGGACAUUCCAUGUAAAGUAUGCGGAGACAGGAGUUCGGGCAAACAUUAUGGCGUUUAUGCUUGUGAUGGCUGUUCUGGAUUUUUCAAGCGAAGCAUCCGCAGGAACAGAACCUAUGUCUGCAAAUCCGGCAAUCAGGGAGGCUGCCCUGUGGAUAAAACGCACAGAAAUCAAUGCAGAGCCUGCCGAUUGAAAAAGUGCCUUGAAGUAAACAUGAACAAAGACGCCGUGCAACACGAACGGGGACCCAGGACGUCCACCAUCCGGAAACAAGUAGCUCUGUAUUUCAGAGGACACAAGGAGGUGAAUGGAGCGUCUACCCACUUUCCCGCCUCGUCCAUCCCGGGGCCAGCUUUCUUCACGGCGGUUACACAACUGGAGCCGCAUAAUCUCGAGUUGGGCACUGUUUCCUCCACCCCAGAACGGCAGGCUAUCGUGGGACUUGCUCAACCCACCCCAAAGUAUCCACACGAAGUCAAUGGGACACCAAUGUACCUUUACGAGGUGGCCACGGAAUCUGUCUGCGAAUCAGCUGCACGACUUCUGUUCAUGAGCAUCAAAUGGGCGAAAAGUGUCCCAGCAUUCUCCACAUUGCCCUUGCAAGACCAGUUAAUUUUGUUAGAAGAUGCCUGGAGAGAACUGUUUGUUCUAGGCAUAGCGCAGUGGGCGAUUCCAGUUGAUUCGAACACUCUCUUAGCCGUUUCUGGCAUGAACACAGAAAACACAGAAUCCCAGAGAUUAAAUAAAAUUAUUUCAGAAAUACAAGCUCUUCAAGAAGUUGUCGCCAGGUUCCGACAGCUGCGACUAGAUGCAACUGAAUUUGCCUGUUUGAAGUGCAUUGUCACUUUUAAAGCUGUGCCCACUCACAGCGGUUCAGAACUGAGGAGUUUCCGCAACGCUGCGGCGAUUGCAGCGCUGCAGGACGAAGCGCAACUGACACUCAACAGUUACAUCCACACCAGGUAUCCCACCCAGCCAUGUCGUUUCGGAAAACUACUCUUACUUCUGCCUGCUUUGCGAUCAGUGAGUCCUUCAACGAUCGAAGAAGUGUUUUUUAAGAAAACUAUUGGAAAUGUGCCGAUAACACGACUGCUUUCCGACAUGUACAAAUCCAGUGACAUCUAAAUGCGAACUUUUUACGGGGGGGCUCAUGUCUCCCGAUAACCGUUUGAAUCGUGAUAUCUCUUUUCGCUCGGCACUAUUUAAAGAGAAUGCUGAACCUCCAAGGAACAAUGUAAGAGCACGUUAAAAAACGAAGCUGCCAGAAUUUGAAAAACACCUCUCCAGCCAAGCACCGCAUAUCCGUCCUGAAGCAGAAACUGGGGAAGGGGUUCUGUCGGACAAAACAGAAUCAAAACAGGACAUGAUUUUAUGACGUCUACUUUCUAAAAGCAUCGUGCUUCGACUUAAAAGAUAAUUCAAGGAUCUUGAUUGUAACUGCGCUUUUACGGUUUACGUUUAGUCUUCGAGUAUCUGCGGAUGUAAAGGUUUAUACUUUCAAGUAGCCUGCGGGGUUACUCUAAUCGGAGGUGUGUAAUCAUUAGCUGUUUAUAGUAGGAUGUUGCGUCUCAAAGACGUGAGCUUUACGAUCAGUGUAUGUUUGCAGUGUGCAGUCUGUAAUUCGCAGAAGAAACCAAACGGAUGAGAAAGUGGUCGAGACUGGUUGUCGCUGUCCCUGACACAGUGCUGAAACCAAAGGCCACGACACCUUGAGGGCGCGGGCUGACCCCACGGAGACCUGCUUCUCGGCGCGCAGGGAUUUAUACAGAUAUUUUGAGGACAGGCUUGACUUCGCAGCUCUCGCUCUUUUCUGUCCUUGCGUGUGCAGAAUUUGAGUGUAUAAACUCGGCCGAUAAGGCUGCUGCUGGCGAAAGUAAGAACUUGUUUUCUAAAGGACCGCGGAAUUACCGCCUUCUCGUUUCUGUUCUGGCGGCGUUGAAACUCUUGUUCUGUAAAGUAGACACUAACAUCGAAACAUUCAGCACUUGGAUUUUUUAUAGAAUGUAUAAUUUUUCCUGUUGUAAAAAGUGAAGUUUUAAUUUUGUGAAAGUUGUACUGAUAUAU